CAGCGAGCGAGCUCCAUCUCGAGCAUUCUGGUCUUGGAAUGCUCCUCAGAAGGCGGCAAUUUGGAGCUUUCGGACGCAGCCAGUGUGUUUCGAGUCUGAUGUCUUUAGCUACGUGUAAAUGCUUCGGUGUGCACUGAAAUAAUUAAUCCUUCUUCGAUUAUUUUAUUGGUUUGUCAACAGAAGACAGGAUUUCUUAAUACGCUAACCGUUAGCAGUGAGAUGAAGUUGAAAAUCUGACCCGGACUCACUGUUGUCUCUGGAGCAGGGAUUCAUUGUCCGUACAGCGUCAUAAACAUCUCCUGACUCAUACAGUUGUGUACUUUGAGAGUGAAAGUGAUUGGGACCAAUCCACCAAUAAAUGCUGGAGUCAAACACACAGAGAAAUCACUCCAUGUGUGACAACUGAAAUCUUCAUGACAUAAUGUUGAUGCUGGUGAAAGAGGAGCUUGAGAAGAUGACAGAUCCACAACCAUGCAGAAUAAAGGAUGAAGAUACUGAGGAACAAAUAGAUAUGAUGGAAGUGAAAGAGGAGAGUCAAGCUGAAGUGGAUGAGAAACAUCAGAUUGUAAAAAUAAAUCAUAAUGUUUCACAGAAAGAAACUCUGAAGACAGAAGACAUAAAGUGUGAAAAUAGUUUCAGUGAAGAUGAACGACCUUCAGAUCACAAGAGGACUCACAGUGAGGAGAAACCUUUAACAUGUCAACAGUGUGGAAAGAGUUUCAGAAGAAAAGCUAACCUUAAAGCACACAUGAUGAUUCACACUGGAGAGAAACUUUACACGUGUCAACUAUGUGAAAAGAGUUUCACCUUUCAAACGAACCUUAACCGCCACAUGAAAACUCACAGUGGGGAAAAGCCACACGCAUGCAUUCACUGUGACAAGAGUUUCAUAGAUAAAAGUCAACUUAAGAAACACAUAAGAGUUCACACUGGAGAGAAACCUUUCACGUGUCAACAGUGUGGAAAGAGUUUCAGAGUUGAAUGUAGCCUUAAGAUACACGCAAGAAUUCACACUGGAGAGAAACCGUUCACUUGUCAUCAGUGUGGAAAGAGUUUUACAGCUGCAAGUGAACUUAAGAAACAUUUGAGAAUUCACACUGGAGAGAAACCAUACGUGUGUCAACAUUGUGGAAAGAGAUUCAGGGCAAAAUCUAACCUUGAUGUACAUUUGAGCACUCACACUGAAGAGAAACCGUUCACAUGCCAUGAGUGUAAAAAGAGUUACAAAGCAAAAGCUACACUUAACAAACACAUGAGAAUUCACACUCGAUAGAAACCAUUCAUGUGUCAACAGUGUGGAUAUGGCAACAAAGUUUAGAAAUCAGCUGAGGUCUUAUUAAUAAAACUGUCUGGAGGAUCCUUACUAAAAGUCUACAUGCGCACAAAAGCCAAAAAUGGCGUACGGCAAAAAAGAUUCAGGCCGUUUCUCAAUCUGUGUUCUUGUAAAACGUCAUCAGUCGUGCCCCAAGUACUGUUCCAAUUCCAAGUUCACAUCAAGUCAAGUUCAUUUAACAUCCCCAGAUGUGUUCUUGAUCCGUUCUUCUUCUUAAGGAUGCAUGAGAAGGUGACUUGUGUGGACUUAUGACAGCCAAGUUAAUAAUUAUUUGUUACAUUUAUAUAGUGCUUUUCUCAGUGCUCAAAGCGCUUUACAUAUGAAUUGGGGAAUCUCCUCAACUACCACCAAUGUGCAGCAUCCACCUGGAUGAUGCGACGGCAGCCAUAUUGCGCCAGAACGCCCACCACACACCAGCUUAUUAGUGGAAAGGAGACAGAGUGAUAUAGCCAAUUAGUAUGAGGGAUGAUUAGUAGGCCAAUGGGCAAGUUUGGCCAGGAUGCCGGGGCACACCCCUACUCUUUUUCGAAGGACAUCCUGGGAUUUUUAAUGACCACAGAGAGUCAGGACCUCGGUUUAACGUCUCAUCUGAAGGACGGUGCUUUUUUUGACAGUAUAGUGUCCCCGUCACUAUACUGGGGUGUUAGGACCCACACAGACCACAGGGUGAGCACAAUAUUUGCACAAUAUUUGAAAUAUUACUCUUUCUGUGUCAUAAAAUGUUGCCGUUUAGUCAAGAAAAUAGAUGAAUAAACUUUAAAUCUGUGGUCAGUUAGUAAAGAUAGCUCCUAUAUAAACAUUUCCUCUGAUGAUUUUGGAUAUGUGAGUUCAAGUUGAUCAGCGGGCAGUCAGUGCCGUGUACACCGCCGAGGGCAGAUUCAUCUCUGCAAGUCCUUCUGAAAUUUGCCACUGUCCCAUUGCAGCUGCUCUCCCCUUCAGUGUCUGAUGGUUAAACAUGAAAUAUUUCUGUGGCUUCCAAAUUUCCAAUUUUAUCCCUUGUUUCUUAACCACCGUGAGAGGUAAUGAUGCAAUAUUUUUGACGCGUACAAAGUAGCAUAAAAUCCAAAGAGGCUUGUUGAUGUUUCUUAAUGAUAACUUUAUUGUAUCAAAAUUAAAGAUGCAUUAUAGCAUAAAACAAACAACACAAAGACACUUUCAGCCAUUCUCCAUGUGUAUCGUCAAAUAACUGUAUGAUCUUGCACCAGCGCCUUCCUCCUGUCAUGGGUGGCAUAAACUUUUAAACAUUUCUCUCACCUAUAGAGGACACAACCUCGAAGAAAUAAACAAUUAAUCAUACAACAACAGAAUUAUAUUUAAAUGAACAAAUUGAACAAAAAAGGUUAAAUAAGCUAACUAUGGCUCCUACAAUUCCCUUUCGAUAUAUGCAACUGGCAUUUUUUGGUCUUUUCAAUUUAUUUCUCUUUAUUAUUCAUAUGAAGUCUGUUAUUUGUUAUUAUCAUUUUAACUGAUGUUAAAGUUAAGUUUCAUAACUUAAAUCACAUAUUUUCAAUAUAAUCUUAACACUGAACCACUGCCUUUGUACUUUAACUAGAUUUUUU